UACACAAGAGCCGGACUUUCAGGUGUGGUAAAGGUAGCAACAAUUCCACUUCAUGUCAGUGACAGCGAGAUCAGCCCGAACUGAAUCAUUGUGCUUUUAUUGCGAAGACAAAGGAGGCAGGCAGAAAUUGUAGUUUGUUUGUUUCUUUCUUUUUUUACUCACGAAAUUAUCUUUUUUUCCUAAAGGUUUGGAAGCUCUCGUGGUAAAGAGGUGAGUGGCUUGUAAGAGACUAGUAUUAGCGAGUUAAUCUGUGUUUCUACAGAAAGUCGCGCUCGAAAUCUUUGUGGGGACGUCACAGACAGUGACGUCACUCGCGAGUUGAGAUAGAAUCUGACGCCGAGACUGCUUGUGACAUCACGUCUCGUCUGGCGCACGUCACACGGACAGAGUUGUGCCGAGAGUUUCACAGUCAACAGCCACCCAGGCCAUUGUGACAAUCAUGAGUGUACCGCAGUCCACUCAGUCUUCCAGACAGAGUUUCCAGAGUUUUGUCAGCAGCAGCUACAGGAGAGCCAGCACCAACCCAGACAGCGACUAUGUCCCGGAGUGUGGAAUCGGCUCCUGCAAGCCGGAGGCUCUCAGGUUCUGCGCCAACGUGACGUCAUUCACCGGCUAUUUCAGCAUCUGCAGUCUGUUGACGAUGACGCUCACCUCGUACGUCACGUCACAGGUCACGACCCUGGAGCGCCAUUUCGGGUUCAGCAGCUCAGAAACUGGACUCAUCAUGGCCGCCAAUGACGUGGGCUUUCUCAUCGUCAUUCUUUUCGUCAGCCACGCCGCCACUAAAGUGCACAUCCCGCGUGCGUUGGGCGGGGCUACGAUCCUGUUCGGGAUUUCUGGCAUCCUGUGCGCCCUUCCCAUGUUCAUCUUCGGAGCUCCUAGUCCAAGCCUGAACGGCACUUCCGGUUCCGCUACAUCAACGGCGUCAAAGUCGUUUUACGGUCAACUGUGCGAACCUCAUCCUUUGGGAGGAAACGAAUUGUUGGAUGACUGCGAGGUCACGGGAGUGGAGAACGGAACAUCUAGUGACCUUGCACGUGACAUCAGUAUGAAGUCCAAUUCCCAGGCUGCCCUGGCAAUCAUUGUGCUCGGCAUGCUCCUGCAGGGCGUGGCCAAGUCUCCCAGGUCGCCCUUCACUACGGUCUACGUGGAUGGCAACGUAGAGAAGGAGAAGACAGGCUUCUACAUGGGGAUAAUAACUACAAUAACAAUUAUGGGACCCGCACUUGCUUAUGGACUUGGUGGUGUAUUCAGCAGAAUCUACGUAACUCUUCAAGAUACAGACCUGAGCCCAAGGCACCCGAGGUGGAUUGGUGCUUGGUGGCUCGGGUAUGUCAUUUUUGGGUCAGCGUCCAUCUUGUUCAGCUUUCCUCUCUUCUUGUUCCCGCGUUGGAUUAAAGAACGUCAUCUAAGCGACGACCAGACAUCCUCCCAGCAACCUACAGAGCCAAAGACAUCGAGAAAACUUGUGAUUCUAAACAUAAUCAAAGAGUUCCUGAGGUCACUCAAGCGGCUGUUGCUGAACCCUGUGUACGACUGUGUCGUGGUGGCCAGUUGCAUCCCGAUGUUCGCAAGCUCAGGUGCCGCUUCCUUUGGUCCCAAGUACAUGGAGAACCUCUUUUCUCUUCCAGCUUGGAAAGCGAAUAUAGCCACCGCGGGUAUCUUGCUGGGUACCAUCUGCCUGGGCACUUUGGUGGGAGGCUGGCUGACCAAGCGGCUCAAGAUGGGUCCAGUAGAGGCCCUCAAAUUCGUCAUAGGUGUGGAGGUGACCGCCCUCGCCAUGUCCAUCCCUCUGAUAUUUCUGCACUGCCCGCAGCCCCUUAUUUUCAACAGCCCCGGACCCAGAGCAGCGUUUGAUGAGGCCACCGUCGGCUGCUUCGAGACCUGCGCAUGCGAUGAUGACGACUUCCUUCCGGUUUGUGGAUCAGACAUGCGCACUUAUUACUCACCUUGCCACGCAGGCUGCAUCAUCAGCUCAGGAUCGAAGUACAGUAACUGCAGCUGCAUCACGGGAGGUUAAGCGGUGGCGGGUCACUGUGACUACAGCUGCAACAUGCUGUACGUGUACCUGGCUUUCGUCUGUCUCAGCGUUCUCAUCACCUCGCUGAUGUACAUGCCCAGACUGAUCAUUUUUAUCAGAUCCGUAGAAGACCGGGACAAAGCUCUGGCUCUGGGCUUCAACUCUUUCGCCAUGUCUGUCACAGGAUGGAUGCUGGGGCCGCUGGUGUUUGGCAAGGUCAUCGACCUCAUUUGCAUACAGUGGGAAAGCACGUGUGCGGGGCGUGGGUCGUGUCGCCUGUACGACAAUGACCAGCUGCGCUACCAGCUGCAGGGCACACAGCUGGCCGCCAAGGUCCUCAGUCUUAUCUUGACCGUCGUCGCCUUGCUGGUAGCCAAGGCCAGGAAGAUGUUCCCGGUUGGCCGCGCGGAAAGCUUUGCCGAGAUGUCAAUCUUGUUGCCAGUCCCUCAAAAUCCCAAGAUUAAUACAAAGACAACAAGAAGAGAAUAAAGCAAAACUCUGAAA